ACGUUCAUUUGGGUAAGAUGGCAGAACGCGUUGCAGGGGAGCCUUCUUCUUGCCUGGGAACUCUUAAAUGGCUGUCAGAGGAAUACCAUGAAUUGAACGGUGCACAAUAUGACAUCCUGGAGGGUUUCCCGUCCCCGUUGGAAUUUUCCCGACUCAUCCGUAUAGGACGUCCAGUGCUCAUUAGGGAUACCGCGAUCCCGGACGCUCGAGACAGUCAAAUCUGGUCCAAAGAGUGGAUCAGCAACAAGAUGGGCGACAGAGAGAUAUCGGUUGCUGUUACACCCAAUGGUCGCGCGGACGCUGUGACUUCUGGGCCGCACAACCAACGAUACUUCGCGGAACCCCAUACGGAGCAGAUGACCAUGGAAUCCUUCCUUGAGACGCUCUCUUCAGACGGCUUCGAUGGUGAACACUCCGGCGGGGAGGUGCACUACCUGCAGUCGCAAAACGGGAACCUCUUCACGAACCGCUACUUCGAUCUGAGCGGCGGAGAGGACCCCUCCGAGUUCGAGCCCCUGCGGGAUCAUGUUCCCAGUGAGGUCCCAUGGUGUAGCGAUGCGCUAGACAAAGUACCCGACGCUGUCAACCUAUGGAUCGGCGACGAGAAGAGCGUGACCAGCAUACACAGCGACCCUUAUGAGAACGUGUAUACCGUAAUCCGAGGCUCGAAGCACUUCACGCUGCUCCCACCGACCGAAGGCUGGUGCCUGAAAGAGCGCCGCUAUCCGCACGCCACAUACGUUCGGACCUCUACGACGUCCCAAUUGGACCUCGUCCGGUCGCCCGCCGACACGCCGCUGGUCCGCUGGUCGUCCGUAACCGACCCCACUGCACCCGGAGCGUUGCCCUCGGGCGCGCACCCUAUCCAUGUCACGGUGCGCGCCGGGGAAACCCUGUAUCUUCCGGCAGGUUGGUGGCAUUACGUGCGCCAGCGAGGGUUCACGGUGGCGGUGAACUACUGGUACGACAUGGAAGGCAGGGGGAUGUCAUGGGUGUGGCUCAACUUCCUGCGGGGCACCGAGGAGCCCCCACUCGGAAAUGCGAUUGUUGAGGAGGAUGCGAAGCAGUAG